CAAAGGUCACAGAACUGCCACUAUGGUUAAAUGUCUUGUUUAAUGGUUGAGAGGUGUGGCGAAAUCUUGUUUGAGAACUCUGAUCAGAAUGCCAAAUGUGUUUGCAUGCUAGGAGAUGUACAACUAACGGGUCAGACGGGGGUCCCUGCUGAACGCCGAGGCUCCUACCCAUUCAUUGACUUCCGCCUACUUAACAAUACAACACACUCAGGGGAAAUUGGCACCAAGAAAAAGGUGAAAAGACUAUUAAGCUUUCAAAGAUACUUCCAUACAUCGAGGCUGCUUCGUGGAAUUAUACCACAAGCCCCUCUCCACCUGCUGGAUGAAGACUACCUUGGACAAGCAAGGCAUAUGCUCUCCAAAGUGGGAAUGUGGGAUUUUGACAUUUUCUUGUUUGAUCGCUUGACAAAUGGAAACAGCCUGGUAACACUGCUAUGCCACCUCUUCAACACCCAUGGACUCAUUCACCAUUUCAAGUUAGAUAUGGUGACCUUACACAGAUUUUUAGUCAUGGUUCAAGAAGAUUACCACAGCCAAAACCCGUAUCACAAUGCCGUCCACGCGGCCGAUGUCACCCAGGCCAUGCACUGCUACCUGAAGGAGCCAAAGCUCGCCAACUUCCUCACGCCUCUGGACAUCAUGCUUGGACUGCUGGCUGCAGCAGCACACGAUGUGGACCACCCAGGGGUAAACCAGCCAUUUUUGGUCAAAACUAACCACCACCUUGCCAACCUAUAUCAGAAUAUGUCUGUGCUGGAGAAUCACCACUGGCGAUCUACGAUUGGUAUGCUUCGAGAAUCAAGGCUUCUUGCUCACUUGCCGAAGGAAAUGACACAGGAUAUUGAACAGCAGCUGGGCUCCUUGAUCUUGGCAACAGACAUCAACAGGCAGAAUGAAUUUUUGACCAGGUUGAAAGCCCACCUCCACAAUAAAGAUUUAAGACUGGAGGAUGCACACGACAGGCACUUUAUGCUUCAGAUCGCCUUGAAGUGCGCUGACAUUUGCAAUCCUUGUAGAAUCUGGGAGAUGAGCAAGCAAUGGAGUGAAAGGGUCUGUGAAGAAUUCUACAGGCAAGGUGAACUUGAACAGAAAUUUGAACUGGAAAUCAGUCCUCUUUGUAAUCAACAGAAAGAUUCAAUCCCCAGUAUACAAAUUGGUUUCAUGACCUACAUCGUGGAGCCGCUCUUCCGGGAAUGGGCCCGUUUCACCGGGAACAGCCCGCUGUCGGAGAACAUGCUGAGCCACCUGGCGCACAACAAAGCCCAGUGGAAGAGCCUGUCGCCCAGGCAGCGCAGGAGCAGGGGCAGUAGUGGCAGCGGCCCCGGCCACGACCACGCAGGCCCCGGGACUGAGAAUGAGGCGCAGGCUGCGACGGAAGGCGACACCCCGUAGGGAGCCUGACCCGCCGCUCCGAGGAAGGACUCUCCUCUGGGUUGUGGCCUGGGGCUCUUUGAAUGCCGCCCUCCUCCUACUCGCCUGCCUCCCCUCCUUUCCGCAAGUGUACAGAAGCCAUUUGUCACCUCGGCGUUAGCUGCCGACAGGAGCAACUCCGUUCAGUGACGUGGGGGCUGAUCCCACGGGCAGGGCGCCCCCCAGGAGAAGACUGGGAGUGAGAAAGAGGUGCUUCUGCCAUGUCCCUCAUGGCCCUGGGUCACACUGUGACAGGCAGCAGUUCCCGAGGCCAGAGCACUUUCUUGUUUGCCAUCUGACUGCUGAGCUGCAUGACGAAAACACCAGCAUAUUUGGAACUCCGAGGAUAUCGGUCUUAAGUGCAAGAGCACAAACGAGAGCGCGAGAGAAAGUACCUUCUAUUUUAAUAAUAAUUAUUAUAAAAAAUAAUAAUGAAUCUUUUUAACUUUUGUAUUUUAUGCAGUAGACAAUGGAUCUAAAACUCUGGACCGAGAUUACUCAAUGUACCCAAACUUGAACAAGGGGUGCAUUGUUUUGUUAUGGACUUUAUGCCACUUUGGGGCAGAGAUUCGGCAUCUUCUCAAUUUCAGAAACCACGUUUCCUAUCCGACCCGAGGGGAAGGUGCUGUACAGUUCAUUCCUUUGCACCGUUAGCCGAUCUGUCUAUAAUGGAUUCAGUGACAUGUUUAUAUUCGCACAUGUACAUUUUCUGUAAAUACCAAGCGCUACUGAUUCCCAUGCCAAAAUACAUGAGUAUUAUGGGAUUGCUACCUGUAUAAACAAUGGCACUGUGAACAGAAUACUGUUAGUUUUAAUACAAGAGAAUGCAUUUGUAAAUAUGGUAUAGAGUUUAUUAAUAUACUGUUGUUUGCAGAUAAAGGCCUUAACUUUAAACACCCUUCAUCUUCUGAAAGCUGCCCAACUUAAAUCCUCACAGAUAAUCUUUCCGAACUGCCAUCCCAUGUCCAUCUUUAUGUUUUCCAGCUAAGGUCACAAACCAAAACUGAAUAAAGUCAAGGAAACA